GCUAUCUAUAACUUAAAUUCAUUUAUUUCAAUAGCCUCACUUUCCAACGUAAAAAAGCCAGAAAACACGGGUGGCUUUGGUGGCUUCUAGUGAACGUUAAAAUUUGCAUAUUUUGCGUAGCAGUUAAGGCGGAAGUGAAGGCACCGGAUGUUUGAGACAUUGCACGCACAAAAUUCUAAAUUUUUAUCUUUUUUAGCAUGUUUUGAGAAAGAGAUCUUGUUGUUGUGCUCAAGUAUGCGUGCAUAUCCUCACGCUUCUUUCCGUGCUGGCAGGAGAAGACCCACACUGUGAAAUCCUCGGCACUUUCUACAUCUUUACUUAUCAUGAAUACAGCGCGCAAUCUUUUAGCAUUUCGCCGUCGUUUUUCAUGCAGCGGUACAACACCGAUAAGAUCUUACGACUUUGUUGUGGCCGGCGGAGGAGCUGGUGGAAUUGGCACUUCGGCAGCUCUCAAACGUAUAUAUGGCAAAAAUACUACCGUUGCGGUCAUUGAACCGUCUCAGACUCAGUACUAUCAACCCCUGUGGACGUUGGUUGGAGCUGGUGCUGUUGAUUUUGAUAAGUCACAUAAGCCAAUGGAGGAGGUCAUUCCUAAAAAUUGUGACUGGUUUCAAACAAAAGUCGAUGGAUUUGAGCCAGCGAACAAUAUUAUUACUACAUCUGAUGGUCAAACGAUCAAAUAUGAAUACCUGGUUGUUGCUUUGGGCCUUGAUUUGAGAUUUGACUUGGUUGAAGGAUUGCAAGAAGCACUUCAUACUGAUGGUGUAUGCUCCAAUUAUUCUUCCCAUACUGUCAAAGACACAUGGAAAACUUUUCAGAGCUUUAAAGGAGGAAAUGCCUUGUUCACUCUGCCAAUCACCCCAAUUAAAUGUCUUGGGGCUCCACAGAAAAUUAUGUAUCUUGCUGAUGACUAUUUUAGAAAGCACGAUGUUCGCCAAAAGACAUCAAUCAAAUUUUGCUCUGCUUUGGGUGGAAUAUUUGGUGUUCAGAAAUAUGCAAAGGAACUGAUAAAGAUUUGUGAGAAGCGUGAUUUGCAGUUGAAUUUUCGUCACAAUCUCACAAAGUUGAAUGCUGUUGAAAAGAAGGCAACAUUUGAUGUGUUGGAUUCAAAUGGCAUGAGCACUGGAGAAACAAAAAGUUUUGAGUAUGACAUGAUUCACGUAACUCCGCCAAUGAGUGCACCCAAAGUUCUUCGUGAAUCUUCAAAUUUGGUGGAUUCCAAAGGAUUCUUGGAUGUCAAUAAAUACACUAUGCAACACAAACGUUAUCCCAACAUAUUUGGUCUCGGAGAUUGUGUUAACACUCCAAAUGGGAAGACAGCCGCUGCUGUUGCUAGGCAACUUGGUAUCAUAAUGAACAAUCUUAGUGCUUUCAUUAAUGGCAAAAGCAUGGAUGCCAAAUAUGAAGGGUACACCUCGUGUCCUUUGGUGACAUCAUAUGAUAAGUGUAUACUUGCAGAGUUCGAUUACAAUGCUCAACCUCUUGAGACAUUGCCCAUGAAUCAAGGAAAGGAAAGAACCAUUUCUUAUCUCGUGAAAAAGGAUGUACUACCUGAAAUCUAUUGGUCUGGUUUGAUGAAGGGUUCAUGGUAUGGCCCAACCAAUGUUAGAAAAAUUCUCCAUCUUGGUAUGUCUAAAUGAGUUUCAUCUGCCUAGUUUUCAAUGAUACCUUAAAUCUUAUUAAACUAGGUCUAUGAAUAGAUAAUAAAUAUAUAAAUAUAGUAAAUAUUUAUAUGUAUCUGUAUGGUGAAGUAAAUAGUUAUACUUGCAUGAUAACUGACUUGGUUCUAGUUACUUGCAUGAAUCUCAGAGAAAUAUUGUUUGCAUGAUGGCAUUAAGAUAAGCAUUUAAAAUUUUUGUUCUUUUUGUGGAAAUUUCAAACCUAGAUUGAAUUAGUCUGUAAUAGUGCUGUUUGAAUAGGAAACUAUUGAAAUAUACACAUGAAUUAUUUGAUGAA